AUGCGUCUCUUCCCGUGGGGAUUUUGGCUGCUGUGUGUCGCCUCCGCCCCGGCUCGCGGUGACAGCGGCAGCAAGGCGAGGAGCUGCUCCGAGGUCCGGCAGCUGUAUGGGGCCAAGGGCUUCAGCCUCAGCGGCGUGCCCCAGGCAGAGAUCUCCGGGGAGCACCUGCGAAUCUGCCCACAAGGCUACACCUGCUGCACCAGCGAGAUGGAGGAGAACUUUGCAAACAAGAGCCGCAGUGAAUUUGAAGCCAUGAUGAAAGAGGCCGGUCGCUCUGUGCAGGCAAUCCUAACGGCACAGCACAGAAGCUUUGACAGUUAUUUCCAGGAUUUGUUGAACAAGUCAGAAAAGGCCCUUUAUGAUGCUUUUCCAAGCAUUUAUGGAGAAUUGUACACUCAGAACAUGAAGGUCUUCAAGGACUUGUACAGUGAGCUACGCCGCUAUUACCGGGGCUCCAACAUCAACUUGGAGGAGGCCCUCAAUGAGUUCUGGACACGAUUGCUGGAGCGGCUCUUCAAGCUGAUGAAUCCCCAGUACCAUAUCACAGAUGAGUACCUGGACUGCAUGGUGAAACAUGCAGAGCAGCACAAACCCUUCGGGGAAGUUCCCAGGGACCUGAAGGUGAAGGCAACCCGAGCCUUCAUCGCAGCACGCUCCUACGCGCAGGGCUUUCUUGUAGGCAGCGACGUGGUCAAAAAGGUGUCUCAGGUAUCUCUCAGCCACGAGUGCACUCGUGCCAUCAUGAAGCUGAUGUACUGCCCCCACUGCCGGGGCAUGUCCAGCGUGAAGCCAUGCAACAACUACUGCCUGAACGUCGUCAAGGGCUGCCUGGCCAACCAAGCCGACCUGAACACUGAGUGGAAGUACCUGAUGGAUUCCCUGGCCGUGGUGGCUGAUCGCAUCGACGGACCCUACAACGUAGACACUGUAAUAGGCACCAUUCACAUGAGGAUUGCUGAAGCCAUUUCCAACUUGCAAGAAAACAAAGAUUCGAUCACAGCCAAGGUUUUCCAAGGCUGUGGAAACCCCAAAAUCAGCACAAAAGGCUCCAGCAGCGAGGACAAGAAAAGGCGGGGGAAGGUCCCAUUGGAAGCAAAAUCCUCUGCACAAGCACUGGAGAUGCUGGUUUUAGAUGCCAAGGGGAAUCUGACAGUUCUCAAGACAUACUGGGUCACCCUGCCAGGCAACCUGUGCAGCAAAAAAGUGAUGGCCAGCUCGGUGGCUGAUGACAAGUGUUGGAACGGGAUGACCAAGGGCAGUUACCUGCCUGAAGUGAUGGGGGAUGGCCUAGCUAAUCAGAUUAACAACCCAGAGGUGGAGGUGGACAUCACCAAGCCAGAUAUGACCAUUCGCCAACAAAUCAUGCAGCUAAAGAUCAUGACAAACCGGCUGGGCAACGCCAACAUCGGGAACGACGUGGAUUUCCAAGACGCAAGUGAUGACAUGAGUGGCUCUGGGAGUGGUGACAGCUGUCCUGAUGAUGUCUGUGGUAAAAGACUUUCCAAGAGUCCCAGCACCAGGCAGCCAGAAACGCAUGCUAUUCCUAAGCAGUCUGGACAUGGCAUCAAUGGGGCCAGCAGCAGAUCUUUGCCUUCUGCCUUCCUCCUCCUCCUCUCGGUGGCUUUCAUUGCUGCGCAGCACUUGUGGCGGUAA